AUGGGAACCAUCGGUUAUGUAGCACCAGAGUUUGGAAUGCAAGGUAUAGUGUCGACAAAUGGGGAUGUAUUUAGUUUUGGGAUAUUGCUGCUAGAGAUGUUCACUGGAAAAAGGCCAACAGACGAUAUGUUCGGUGAAGAAAGGAGCUUAAAGCAGUGGGUAAGUGAAGCAUUAAGGCUACAAACAACAACUGAAUUGAUGGAGCCUGUUCUAUUAUCACGUGAAGAUCAACAUUUCGUUGUGAAGGAGAAAUGCAUGUUAUCAAUGUUUGAAUUGGCAAUGAAAUGUUUAGUCGAUAAAGCAACAACUACUCUGCACAAGAUCUAUGCUACAACUAUGGCAGGAACAGGAACUCGUCGUCCACGAUCUGCUUUUUCUGUUAGGAUCGCUAGUAACGGGGUUUGA